AUACUGUGGGCUUCUCAAAUAAUCCCCAUUGAUUCUCAACCUCCUAGGGCUGAAUUUCCGUCUACUCUUGCUUUCGUUGCGUUGCGAGUCGUUUGUUCUGUCCUUCGUUCGUUCGUUGUCGUUGCGACGUCUGUCUCGACUUUGGCACUGUCACUCGUUCAUGUAGAAGGAAAGAUAGCACUAUGUGGAGGCACGCUCUUUUAGGGGGCCAUGCGCUGCUCGCAGUUGGCGCAGAUGCCAAUCCAUACAGCAGAAGAGGUACUCAACCCAGCGGCAGCAUUUACCACUCCAUCGCCAAUCCUCAUCCCCUCACCAUAUUACGCCAAUGAAUCGUCGUCCACGCACUCAGGGCCUCCUCGGUUUACCUUUGCACCUUCAGGUGCAAACUUCUCCACAGUGCCUGGAACAUGUACCGGCUGCGUUAUUGAAGCCUACAACCCAGUAACCACCUUCUACGACAAGGAAGAUAAUACCAACCCGUGGACAAGCGUCGUUGUAACUGAGACCAUUCUAACCCAGUUUGUUACUUAUUUUGAUGGCAGUACAAUCGAUACGAUAGUCACAGAGAAACAGACCGUAAAUCAAACCAAGACUGUUGUUAUGGGGGAUACGAACGCAACUAUCACGCACACCACCCCGCUCUUUUAUUUGACAGCAGCGUCAGGGGUAUACUUGACUCUGACUGCGGGGCCUACCUACGUCUUUUAUAGCAGCCUUGUCGGCGGGCUCGACGAGCUCAUGGCGUACCCUGCUUCGACGCAGACGCUGCGCGCCUGCGCUCCCUCUACUACCAAACUCAAAAACUGGGAACCGACUGCCACCGAGGAUUGGCAUCAUUUCGUCCAGACGUAUACAGGAAACCCACCAAAGAAGUCACCCAAAGAUAGGCCUGCUGCGCUCCCGUCGAAACUGAUCAAUUUCUUGAAGCAAGAUCCGGACAUUGUAUCGCAAUACCGUGGCUCCGAUAUUGCUACCUGUACCGUCCGCUUUCCCUACCAGUCUAAAGUCGUCCCUCAUCCUGAGGUCCCACAUAUAACACUAUCUAAGCCUGCCGGCUUGCCGACAGUUCCUGCUGCCACUUCCGUAGCGUCAGAGACAGAGGCACCUUCAGAGACGGAGGCACCUUCAGAGACGGAGGCACCCGAAUUACCAUCCCCGUCUGUGACAACAGGGACCUUCAUUUCGACGACUUACGAGUCAACGUCCACUCACCUAACGAGGCAAGGAUGUCUUAGGUGCGCGCUCACAAAGCCAGGCAAUGAUGCAGCCACGAACAAGAUCGAUGACCCAACUCCAACCCCAUACAUACCAAAUGACCCUAGCAAGCCAGAUGACAAGCCCAAGCCAAAUCAGCAGGACCCGAAUAAGCCGGAAGACAACAACAACCCGCAUCGACCUAGUAUCCCAGAUACCAUCGUUUCGAUUGUACACAAUAAUCCUGAUGUUUGGACGCAACAACCACCAGUCACCACUACAGGCGAGAGGAUUACAAUUGGCGAUAACGUGUAUCCUGUUUUCACUCCAAAACCAACACAGCAGGGCAACCCGGAUCAACCAAAUGAGCACAACCAAGCACCGCCGCCGGUUAUCGUGAUUGGGACCGAGACAUUUUACCCCGGCGAAACGAAAACCAUCAACGGCGUCCUAGUCAUCGCACCCACAGACGGCGGCUACACCAGACUAGUCGUCGACGGCAACACGCUCACCGUCCACCCAGCCAGCGGCCCAACCGGCGCCCCCAUCCUCGCAAUCGGAAGCAACACCGUAACCGCCAACCCACAGGGAGAAUACGUCGUCGGCACCGAAACGCUGAAACCCGGCGGCCCUGCCCUGACCGUCGAGGGGAAAACAUACAGUCUCGCCGCCGGCCCAAGCGCAACUGCACUCGUUGUCAACGGCGUGUCGUCUACCCUCGCUAAUGCUGCUGCACCGGCUCAUAUCACCAAUGCGCCAGCGCUCGUCACCAUCGACGGCAAAACGUACGCUCCUACCCUCCAGGACGGCACAACGCAGUAUGUUCUCGGCCAGGGCACGACGCUCAAACCCGGCGCGGUAGUCACGGUAGCUGGGACAACGUAUAGUCUUGAUCCCAAGGGCACUGCGCUCGUCGUCAACGGCCAGACGAGCAGUAUCAAGAAAGUCCCCGCGAGCAAUAGCGCGAGCGCCACGCCGUCGGGCUCGGUCGCGAGUCGUUCCAGCGAGUCCACGACGACGACUAGUGGACGCGGUGCGGGAGAUCUAAUUGCAAGCGGCAUUGGCGGGGGCAAGAGUUCAGGAGCGGGUAUCUCGCUCCACAACGCAGGAGGACUGGACAUGUGGGUUGAAAGCCUCAUGAUUGGCGCAGCAGGGUGGUUGGUCUUCCUGCUGUGAUCUCCCCAUCCAUUCAACAGCAGCAAACGAGAGAGAUUUAUUAGGUCUUGUUUUUUUCCCAUUUGCAUUUUGUUCAGCGCGGCGUUUUUUUGGGGGGAAUAUGAAAAUAUAUGGAUGGGGCGGUUCCGGGAAAUAUACGAACCUGGGAUAUAUGGAUUUAGUUAGGGGGGCUCAGUCGGUUAUCAGCUUGGCCUGGCCUGGCCUGGCCUUGGGUUAUGAAUGCAUCAUUCUAAUGAGAUGGAAUCUUGGUAAUGAUUAGCUAGCUAAUAAAUUCAAUCUACUGCGACGGAGCUAACCGCUCUGUUGCCAGAACACACUCUUC